UGGGGGCUCGAAUGCCGAGUGGUGGGAUCGAGAAUGACAAAGAUGGCCGCCACCAGCGAGGAGCGGAGUGCAAUGGAGCCUUCAGGUACGAAUUCGGGGCAAAAUCAGCCCGUAGAUCGUUUAAAGAUGCUGUACCCCAUGGUGAACGAAGAUGAAACGCCGUUGCCGCGAUCGUGGAGUCCAAAAGACAAGUUCAACUACAUAGGGCUCUCGCAAAACAAUCUCCGUGUUCACUACAAAGGUUAUGGAAAAACUCAUAAAGAUGCAGCCAGUGUCCGUACGACGCACUCAAUACCAGCCGCUUGUGGCUUAUAUUAUUUUGAAGUUAAGAUAGUGAGCAAAGGCAGAGACGGUUAUAUGGGAAUUGGAUUAUCCGCUCAUGGAGUUAACGUAAACAGACUACCUGGAUGGGAUAAACAUUCUUAUGGUUAUCAUGGCGACGAUGGACACAGUUUUUGUUCUUCUGGGACAGGACAGCCUUAUGGACCAACUUUCACAACAGGAGAUGUCAUUGGAUGUGGCGUAAAUUUGGUAGAUAAUACUGCUUUUUAUACAAAAAACGGACAUCAUCUUGGAAUCGCUUUCACAGACCUCCCUCCAAACCUAUACCCCACAGUCGGUCUACAAACACCAGGGGAGAUUGUUGAUGCAAAUUUUGGGCAGGCUCCGUUUGUGUUUGACAUAGGAGAUAUGAUUAAUGAGCUUCGUGUACGAACGAGAUUGCAAAUAAUAGAUUAUCCCACACCUGACCAUGGCCAAGGCCAGUGGCAGUCGGUUCUGCAUAAAAUGGUGUCUACAUACCUAGUUCAUCAUGGUUAUUCCGCCACUGCCGAAGCUUUUGCCAAUAGCACUGGGCAGGUUUUUGAAGAGGAGAUUAACUCUAUUAAGAAUAGACAAAGGAUCCUGAAGUUGGUUUUAGCAGGGCGGAUGGGUGAAGCUAUAGAGUUAACUAGCCGGUUAUACCCUGGUCUAUUAGAGCGAGACCCCAAUCUAAUGUUUGCCCUUAAAUGCCGCCAGUUUGUUGAAAUGGUUAAUGGAAGUGAUUCAGAGGUGUGCCAGAAUAGCAGCGAAAACCAAACUAGCGUUAUACAGUCAACCAAAGCGUAUACAAAGUCAUCUACAAACGGUAGUGUAGAAGAAAUGAACUUAAAUAAUACUCUGAAUGGUGCUGGAGAUCAACAAGUCUCAAAUGGACAAAUCGAAGACGACGUAGACAUGGAAGAGAAUAAUGUCAAUGGUAUAAACGGAAUCAAAAGUGGCAAUGGGUAUCAGAAUGGGAACCUAAACACCAAUGGCCACAAAUGUGAAAACGGGGAAUUUGAAGAUAUGGAGGUAGACAACACUAAUCAAAAUCAACAACAAAAUGGCAAUAGCAGUAACAACAUCGACAAUCCGAGCAAUAAUAAAAAUAGUAAGAGAUUAUUGUGCGGGGGUAACAAGCAAGCUGUUGAAAAAAUGCUGGACUUUGGUCGUCAGUUAUAUUCCCAAUCCAUACAUCUCAGGCAACAACAUGGCAAAAAUGAUGCCAACAAAAAAAUGCUCCAAGAUGCAUUCAGCCUGUUGGCGUAUGCGAAUCCUUGGAAUUCCCCCGUGGGUUGGCAAUUGGAUUCACAACAAAGAGAGACCGUCUGUGGCCGGCUUAACUCUGCGAUACUUGAGUCCAAUAACUUACCACGUCGACCUCCUCUGGAAGUUGCCGUAACACAUGCGAGAGAGUUGGUUCGUUUAAUGUCGAGUGCGGGCCUGGGUGCCUGCGGUUUUGCAGUCGUGGAUAACAUCGUUCAAUAUUGACGGUGCCUACCACUGCUUCCACGGCCACCCCUUCUACCUGCCCGAGUGUGGUAAGUGGUUGGUUUUAUUGUAUCAGUGAUCAGAGGAGUAUGGAGACAAGAUCAUCUUGAUCUUUUCAAUGCCAUACCAUGUACUCAAUCUUCUAUUAGAACCCACCGGGAGUGAUAUUGUGUUUAAAAAAAAAAGAAAAAAAAAAAAAAACAGAUUAAUGCCUUGGUCGCGUCGUGUAUGUUAAAAAGUACUAGAACCUGCAUCUCUGAGAUCAGUUCAGAUAUUUUACGCGAAGCCAGUCAAUUAUUUCUGAAAUUUUUACCAAGGAAAGCAGGUUGCCCAUUUUAGUGCAAUAAGUGAUGAUAUCCGUUUGCUAAUGCUUCCAUGGUCCAGAGGUUUUUUGCUUCAACUAAAUUCUAUAUAUAUAUAAAUAUAUAUAUGUUAAUGAUAAAUCUUUUGAUUUGAUAAAUAAAGUUGAGUAUAUCGGUUAGAAGUGAAAUUUCAUAGCAAAAUAUCUUCUCCCAAUAUACACUUCCACAGCGUAAGAUUCUUUCUCUAAGCAUUAGCUUCUGAUCAAACAUUUGAACAGCAGACGAUACGGUUUUGUUUAAAACUUUCUUUGAAAAAUAAAAUAAAUCCUUAUAGUUAAAGUGCUCGAUAGCAAAAUUAGGGAGAAGAUCGUGAUGAAAAUGAUCUUUUAGGAUGCGGAGGCGAAACGUGGAGCAGAUGAUUCUGUUAACUCAGCAACAUCGCGACGUCGCGUUCCUCUUCAGCUAGAGCAAUCCGAUUUUUCGUCGAUUUUGUUAUUAUCGGCUCGAUCUCACACUAUAAACACAACCCAAAUGAUAAACAUUCAAACCUGCCAACCAAAAUAAUAUUAAUAGCUUCGAUGAUAAAUAAUUGCUUUUCAAUCGACAACUGCCCACCGACUAUCUCUGAUGGGUCGUUUGGUUUUGCACCUCGUUCCCGGAUUUACUCCAAUGAUCAGCGACUUAGAAUUCAAAAUAUGUUCUUUUGUUUCAACAUAUCGCGCACAAAUUAUCAACAGUAAUACAGAAGUACUAUUCUGCACAAAAACAAAAAAUGAAUAUAAUACAACAAAUUUGGUGUUUUACUUUUGUUACAUUCAAAUUCUACGUGCAUUGCUUUUUUUUUUGGUAUUAUCUUCAUUUUUCAACGUCUGUUUGAUAUGUUGACACAAUAUGGAACUUUGAAUGAUUGAUAAUUUCCUCGCAAAUGAGUGAAAGAAAAUCAUUGCCAUAAUUAUAUUUUGUUUCUAAUUUCGACAUUGAUCUAAUAAAUCUGAAUUUUAAUAUCUGGGAGCGAGGAACAAAAGUUUUAAUGAAAAACGAAACAAGAAACGAGUGUUAUGUUUAUAAAAAAAAAGAAAAAAAAUUAAUCAAACAAAAUAACAAUUAAAUUCACAGAAGAAAACAAAUUAAACAAAUAAAAAAAAAUCGAAAAAGGCAAAUAGAAAAACAAAAAAAAACUUAACUAAGAAUCGAACUUGUACUCUAUAUUAAGUAAUUGUUUUUUAUAUGCGACAUAGUAUAUUAUUAUAUUAUAUAUUAUUAAAGAGUAAAAAGUGAAGUAAACAAAAUGAAAUAACGGAAGAUAAAAAUCGCAAGCGGCUAAAAGUAACCGUGCGUUUGAAUACAAUAAUUUACUAUACAUACGAAGAUAUAAAUUGAAUAGGUUUACUCGAAUUGAAUGAUUUUUAGUGUUACGUUUUAUGUACUAUAGAUAGAUGAGCUAUGAAGCAAAUAUUAUGAUCAUAACUGAUAUGAACGAAUAUAAUAAUGAUUUUGGAGGAAAAAAAAGUUCAAAUCUAUUUUGAUUUAUUAUCUCAUACCUAUGAAUAACAUCGUUCAAAGUGCUUUAAAAUUUAUUGCUCCGAUUAUUUAUCGAUUUUGUAUGAUAAAUUUCGAGUAAAAUAAUUGGGAGUAAGGAAUUUUUGGAGCACCUCGUUUGUUCUUGACUUUUGUGUGCCCUGUAUACGAUAGGUAUGUGUUUGCUUUCAAGAGGAAAAAAGGAAUCAUUCUCGCCCGAGAUUAAUUCAUUAACAAGUUUUAUUGAUAAACUAUAAUUGUAACACGCCCAUUUAACCUGAUUUUAAUUUCUAUGUUUUUAUUAUUAGGCAUUACAGAAAAAUAUAUACAAUAUUUGUUUAAUAUA